AUGGAGGGAUUCUUCCUUAAACCUAAGCUCUGGUCCUGCAGUGCUUUGGUUUUCAAGCACCUUGUGAUGCUCCUGCUACUGAUAGACUCUAAUAAAGGCAGGUCUCUCGGGGUUGGACCCUCUCAAACAGUGGUGGCAUUAGUCGGUGAUAAUGUUACCUUGCCAUGUCAACUUGAACCUGCAGUGGAUGCUGUUUCAUUGGGUGUGGAGUGGGGGAAACGUGACCUGGAACUAGGAAUUGUCCAUGUGUGGUAUGAAGGUCGAAACCUUUUGAAAAACCAGAAUCCAUCUUACAAAGGAAGAACAUCAAUGUCCAUGGAGAAACUGAGACAUGGAGACCUCUCACUGAGCCUGUCUGCAGUCAAACACUCUGAUAAUGGAGCUUAUAGAUGCUACUUUAUUUCACAGGACAAACAAUCUACUGUUGAGCUUGUUGUUGGUUCUUUCUCCUCACCUCUCAUCACUCACAUUUCUAAAAGUGGCAGUGGGGUGGUGUUACAGUGUGAGUCUAAAGGCUGGUAUCCAGAGCCUGAAGUGUUGUGGCUGGACAGUGAGGGGAAGGAGUUCUCUGAUGGACCUACAGAGACCCUCAGAGGUCCUGGUGGUCUGUAUUCUGUCAGCAGCAGAGUGACUGUGGAGAAGAGAGAGAGCAACAUCUUCACCUGUAGAGUCCAUCAGAGGAACAUCAACAGGACCAGAGAGACUCACAUUCAGGUUUCAGGUGAGUAUUUCCCCAUUGUUCCUUUUAUCCUCUAA